CUAUUAAGAUGGAGAUGACACCUUUGAGGAUUCCGUCGAGUGAAAUGAGUGAGGAUGCUAACUAUAACUUUUCUUCUCACACGAACCACGAGACGCGCCACCACUGGCGGCACCACAACCACUCCCACAUGAGGGAGGGCCACAGGCAUAACGUGGUGGACUUGUUGUCAAACUCUAUAAUGGAGGCGAUGAACAGUAAGUUCGUGCCGGACAACAGCGUGCUGCCGGACCUGGAGCCGCUGUCCACGCACAUGGAGGGCGCGCUGGAGCGGCAGCACCCGUUGCGGCUGAACGCGACGCUCAACCGCUCCGAGCUGGAGCUGCUGUCCGACGAGUUCAUGUACCGGCACGGCGGCGCCAUGACGGCCGUGUACUGCGCCGCCUACCUGCUGGUGUUCCUGGUCGGCCUGGUCGGGAACUGCUUCGUCAUCGCCGUGGUGUACCGCUCGCCGCGCAUGAGGACGGUCACCAACUUCUUCAUCGUCAACCUGGCCGUCGCGGACAUUCUUGUGAUCGUGUUCUGUUUGCCAGCGACCCUCAUGUCCAACAUAUUUGUCCGUAAGUACCGUAGCGUUAAGUAAAUUAGAUUUUCCAAUUGCAGCAUUUUUUAUAUCUGAUUAUUGCUGGACCAAUUAUUCGAAAAACAUUCGUUUUAUAUCUUAUGGACGGAAAAUAUUCGU